AUGAGCGAGUUUGGUGGGAGAAUGCUCUUCAGCGGUGCCAACUACCGUCGAGACCACCAAGUGAAAGUCGACCCGCCCAUGUCCGAAAUCCGCUAUCUGACCCGAGACGAUCCAAAGAACCCGUGCAAGAAAUACCGCAAAAACGAAUCGGCAGGCGAGAUCGGAUGGACCGUUGAGAAUCUCUGUCCAGAAGAGCAAAAGAAACCGACGAAUCUGGACGGAAAGUUCUUUGGCUUCACAAAAGGAAUCUUCCGACGAGCCGCAGACCUACGAGCGUCCCACCAGCACCAAAGCCCUUACAGCGAACCGUUGAAAACCACGAAGCUCCCGAUUCCCCUCAACGACACCAAGCCACGCAUCACCAACUGA